AUGGAUGCAAUGAAUCUGUUUCGUGGGGACACUGUUCUGGUCAAGGGUAAGAAACGUAAAGAAACGGUGUGUGUAGCGAUUGUGGACGAGAGUUGCCCAGACGACAAGAUUCGUUUAAAUCGUUGUAUUCGCAGUAAUCUACGAGUAAAACCAGGAGAUAUUGUCAGUUUAAAGAGUCUUCCUGACAUCCUCUACGGGAAACGCAUUCACGUGCUGCCUAUUGACGAUACUAUUUUUGGUCUUACAGGAAAUUUAUAUGAAGCUUUUCUAAAACCAUACUUUUUGGCUGCCUACCGACCUGUACAUAAAGGCGACAUAUUUGUCGUACGUGGUGGGAUGCGAGCUGUUGAGUUCAAAGUAAUUGAAACAGACCCGUCACCCUAUUGCAUUGUUUCCCCCGACACUACUAUUCACACAGAAGGAGAUCCAGUUAA